AUGUCCCUGAUUUUCAGAUCUUGUUUGUAUCUCACCCAGAGAUCAAUAAUAGCUAAACCUUCAACAACACUGCCGUUGAGAAUGGUUCCAGGCUCUACCUUGAGAUCAGCAGUCAGCCAUAGAUCAUAUAGCGUUAAUUCCCAGUCUGUGGCUCCAAUGGACGACUAUGAAUCUAAAAUUUUCCAACUCUUGAAUGAUAAAUUUGAUCCUGUGCAACUACAGGUUUCCGACGUGUCAGGUGGUUGUGGCUCAAUGUUUGCCAUCAGUAUUGUGAGUGAUUCAUUUAAGGGAAUUUCGAUGGUCAAACAACACAGAAUGGUCAACGAAACUUUAGCUGAAGAAAUCAAGAAAUGGCACGGUUUACAAUUGGUUACCAAGGCACCAAGAAAAUAG